UUAUUGUAUGAUUUAGUAACGCAAUAAUGGAUACUAAACUUAAUAUAGUGUUGACAUUUAUUUUGUCAUUCUGCUCAACUGGUAUCCAUGGUUAUGACUAUUGUGGAGAUGGAUUUUACUGCGACAGUGGAUACUGCUGUAACAGUGGCUUGGAAUGCUGUACCUCUUUUGGCACAGGUAGCAUAGCUGGCACGGUCAUUGGCGUGUUGAUAUUUAUCGGCAUAGUGGUCGGGAUCUACGUGUGUUGUCGGCGAAGAUACCAUCCCGUGGUCGUCCAGCAAGCCGCUCCAGCUGGAGUGACGGUUGUCAGUACUAACAACCAAAUGGGCAAGCAGAUGCAGUACCCAGGGCAGCGGUCAGCCCCGCCACCGCUUGCGGGAGGCGGCGUCGCCUAUCCACCACAACCACCACAGGGCGGGAAAUUCUAAAGACUAUGAUACUACUAGCUAUCAUGAGGAUUUGAAUUAAUAAUUUAUGAACCUGUGAACCUAUUGACAUGUUUUUCAUUUUCCUUAUUAAGGAUAAUUUAAUAUGUCUUGAAUCUUGAAAAUAGACAGUGAUAUUGUUGUAGUUAUCAUUAAUGCCGAAUACAUAGUUUCAAUUAAACUGAAACUGCUAUGUUAACAGUUUCGAUGAAGUUCCUUUCAGGAUCUCUCUUCCAAAAUCUGUUCAAGUUAAGACUGAGGACAGUGUCUCUAUAAAUGAAAACAUAGUUUUGUUGUUUGAUACAAAACAUACCGUGUGCGUUCCUGCUGUCAGUUAUAGUAAUCUUCCAUCGUCGUUAUAUAUUUUCAUCAGUUUUUA